AUGAAGAAUUGCUUCCAAGGCAGCAAGAGCGCCAAGCAGCUUGCUGCCGCUUGGAAGAUGGUGGCUACAGAAACCUUCCGUCUGAGAGAGCUUCAAGUAACUCCACCGCAGUGCAAGUCCAAGAUUUACACUUUGCUCAAGCAUUUGCUCAAGAAUUUGCUCAAGCAGUGCACUGCAUAUCGUGUAGCGUUGCAAGACACAGGCAACGCAACGGAGAAGCAGCUAAAAGAGCCUCUGUGCUACGAGGCGAUGCGUAACAUGUGGGUGAUCGAGACGGCAUGGGAGCCGACCCGUUCUUCUCAAGCGACGCCACCGAGCCAAUGGGUGAGUUCGGCUGAGCAAUCCACUCUAGCCGGGCAGGACAACGAACCAAUCGACGACACCCUUAGUGCUGGAGGAGCACGUGAGCGGCGAUGGUAUACUGGUAAGCGCGCGCGUGAUAAAGUUGAAACUACAGAAGGACUGAAAGCUGUUGGCGAUGAUCUCCAUAGCAUCGCGGAUGCACUUAAGGUUUCAAGGGUGCAGGGCAACGAUAAUCGCACCUAUGAUCUUCUAAACUCAAUGCGAGAGCCAUCCCAAAGUGCGCAAGCGCAGACCCAAGCGUUGGACAAUCUCAUUCAGCAUCUUGGUGCUAACAUUGGCGUUGGGGAGAGCACCAACAACUAG